AUGCCUAAAACGGGGGAAGCAUUCGCCGUUAAAGGCAUCGACUACUACCCGCGCCCCAACACGGGAGACCUGGACGCCAACAAUCUCGACUUCUUCACAGACGACAACGAAGCCAUCUGGGGCCCCGACAUCGAAUACCUCGCGGCGUCUGGCGCCAACGCCGUCCGCCUGUACGCCGUGGACCCGUCCCAACCACACGAUCUCUUCAUGUGUGCACUGCGUGCCAAAGGCAUAUACACGCUAGUAGACCUCGGAGCGAGUUGUGAGAACUGCUCCAUCACUUUGGACGAGUAUCCGACGUGCUACCCGAGUGCACUGAAGACUCGAGGAGAACAAAUCAUCUCUGAGUUCGCACAGUACGACAACGUGUUGGCAUUCAGUGCCGGCAACGAAGUAAACCACAUUGUCGAUGAUGCGUUCACUAAUGCUCCGUGUCAAAAGAAAUUCAUACGAGACAUGAGAGCUUUUCUUGGAGGUUGCUCCAGUUUCCGUGAUAUCCCAGUGGGGGUGGUUAUGGCCGACCCGGACACGACCAAUAACAACCGAGAGGUCAAUGUCAAGUACUACAACUGCAGAACCGACUCGAGUGAUGAGUACGAGAAUGCAGAAUGGUACGGUCUUAAUACGUAUCAAUACUGUGAUGCCGACAUUACAGAGUUGGCGUCCUCGGGUGGAUUCGAGAAAUUAUUGACGGACUUUUCGUCUUAUGAUUUGACAAUCCCCGUAAUGCUCACGGAGUUCGGUUGUGUGAACCCAAGCUUCCCGACUGUGGACGGAUAUGAAGCUCAACGCACAUGGCUUCAAGCCGGGUGGAUGUUCGACUCGACAUUCCGUGACGUGUUUGCCGGAGGUUUUGCCUUCGAGUACUCGACGGAAAACGCGAAUGCCAAGGAUGAAUCGCCCUAUCCGUUCACGAGCUUCGGUGCACAGAACUACGGAUUGGGCUACUUCUCGCCGGAAGACUGCGACUAUGAGUCGGUUCCUUGUGUCUACAACCUCAUGCCAAACUUUGAGAACUUGGCCAAGCAAUACAAUGCAACGGAUGUGUCGGGUGAGAGCAGCAUGACUGACUUUACCCCUGAACGAACCACAAUCCCGUCGUGUCCGAAUGGCUUUGCUGCUCUCGCCGACGUCACGUGGGAGGCGGAUAGUGUCAACAGUUUGACUUGCCCGUCUACUGCGCAACAGUAUGAGUGCCCAGACCAAGAGCCGAGUGGAAAAUGGGCUAGUGACGCUGGCUCGAGUUCGACCGCAUCGUCGACGACUUCGGAUAACACAAAGGACAGUGGAGACUCCAACACGGCCAAGUCGGGAGCGGGAACUACUGAUGGUGGCAACACCAGUUCCACGUCCUCGACCAUGACCCGCUCCGUUGUAAUGGCUGCCAUCGUUUCAGCCCUUGUUGGAAUUCUGAUUUAA